AUGAAGGCAGAUAACUGGACACUGGUGAGAGAAUUCAUCAUCCUUGGCUUCCCAAAUACACAUGGAGUAGAGCUGCUCCUUUUCUCCCUCUUCUUUCUAAUGUACUUGCUUAUGUUAGUUGAGAAUAUUGUCAUCAUCCUGCUGAUCCAAUUGGACUAUCGCCUUCAUACUCCCAUGUAUUUCUUUAUUGGUAACCUGUCUUCUUUGGAUAUUGGAUUCACUACUGUCACUGUGCCCAAAUUGCUGGUCAACAUAGCUACUGAGAGCAGGACAAUUUCAAUCCCUGGCUGCUUCACUCAACUCUACAUUUUCUACUUCCUUGGAUCUGCUGAAUGCUUCUUGCUGGCAUCAAUGGCCUAUGACCGAUACCUGGCCAUUUGCAACCCACUCCAUUACACCACUCUGAUGAACAAAAGGAUGUGUGGUUGGCUGGCCUUUGGCUCCUGGCUGGGUGGCUUUCUUGCACCAGUGUUGCCCUCAGCCUUCCUCUUCCGUUUGCCUUUCUGUGGAUCCAAUAUCAUCAACCACUUCUUCUGUGAUGCUCCACCUAUGUUGAAGCUCUCCUGCAAGAACAUUUUUGUGGUUGAAAUAAUCAAUUUCAUUAUUGGGUCACUUGUAUUGGUAACCUCCUUCUCCUUCACCAUUAUCUCCUAUGUCUUCAUAAUUGGAACCAUACUGCGCAUCCCUACCUGGGAGGGACGGAAAAAGGCAUUUUCCACAUGUGUUGUACACCUCACCAUUGUCAUCAUAUUCUUUGGCACCACCAUCUUUAUGUACAUCCGCAUUAAGACAAUCCAUGUUUUUGACUUCAACAAAGUGGUCUCUGUGUUCUACUCUGUUGUCACACCAGUCCUCAACCCCAUCAUCUACAGCCUGAGAAACAAUGACAUUAAGCAAGCAAUGCAGAAGGUGCUGCUUCACAGGAAAGAACCAAUGUCCAAGUGA